AUGUAUCAUCAAUUGAUUUUGCUGGCACUAAUUGGCACCGCUAUAGCAAAUGUUAUUCCUUUCUCUAUGAGUAAUAUUCCGGAAGAGUAUAAAGAAUUUGUACCGGAAGAAGUGAAAAAUUUCUACAAGAAUUUAACAUCGGAUGACAAGCAAAUUCUUCGUGAAUUAGCAAGCAAGCAUGCAGCGUUUGCAAAUGAAGAUGCUGCAUUGGAAGCACUAAAAGAUAAAUCCGAUAAACUUUAUAAAAAAGCGGUGGAAUUACGAAAUUUUGUAAAAGCAAAAAUUGAUAGCUUAAAGCCAGACGCUAAAGCAUUUGUUGAUGAGGUAAUCGCGAAGGCACGAUCACUGCGACCAGAAGAGGGACAAAAGCUUGAUAUAGAGAAGGUUAAACAGACAGCUCGGGACAUUAUUGCUAAAUAUCAAGCGCUCAGUGAAGAAAUUAAGGAAGAGCUGAAAGUAACAUUCCCUCAUACCGCCAAAAUCAUCAGCAGUGAGCUUUUUUAUAAAAUUCUAAUUUUAUGUGAUAUUUCGAGCAUUGAAGAAUGCCAAUGCCAAAAAAAAACAGCUUGA